AUGUAUGUGCAAUAUGCUGGUGGGGGGCAGCUGCCGUACUACCAGCCGGCGACACCGCAAUACCAACAGCCGUACGGAGCCAUGAGCGGUGGUUUUGCGCAGCCGAUGCAGCUGGCGACCCCUCAGCACUAUGCAGCGCAGCCAUAUACACCCGCGCCGGCACCGGCUGCUUACUACCAGCCCGCACAGUCACCCUACACAGCGCAGGUGCAGCAGGUGCCUUCUGUGCAGCAGCCACAGACACAGUAUCAUGCGGCUGCAGUGCCGGACAAUGCGUAUGCCCACGCCCAGGUUGUGCAGCCAAUGGGCCAUCCAGCCUACCUGCCCGGCCAUGCAUAUGUCCAGAAGCCAGAGACCGUGCAGCAGCACCCUUCCUCCGUUAGGAUGGCUCCGGGAGCACCGUUGGGCCCCAACCGUGCUGGAACCAAUCUGACGCAGGCGCAGCCGGCUGAGAUGGAUGAUGAAGACGAUCCGAACCGGCUUCCUACUUUCGUCAAGGUUAGAGAAACAAUGGCAGUUGCUUAUGCGUACGCGGCGAUCUUCUACACCGGGGCAUGGACCGGCGACCGACCAUCGGACGGAUUGCAGUAUUUUGGUCACCCUGCGCAUGUUGUGCAGAGGUUCCCAAAGAGCAAGGUGCAGCUUCGCUUUGAGGAUGGCAAGUUGCGCUGCACUACAAAUUGGUCUCUUCAAGAGCCACGGCUACCUGGCGGAUUUCGAAGGAAGCAGCGGGUGCACUAUGCUGGGCGAGGUACAAGCGCAGAUGGCGGUUUGGCCUUGUUUGGGCAGCAGGUCAUGGUUGUUGGUCGGGUGGAUUCCGCGUGCAGCAGGGAUGUCCUGGUGCAGCUCGAGGAUGGUCGACGAAUCAAGACAUGCCACCAACGGCUUCGUGUAGCCGAGCCACAGCACUCCAGUGGCUUCGUGUUGCACCAGAAAGUCUAUUAUACCGGAUCCCAUGCAGCUAGUCGGUUUGUGACCCGAACAUCCUACUAUGGGCAGGCUGCCGAGAUUAGCAGUUUCCUGCCGGACUCCACUAGUGUUCGCCUCACAUUUCAGGAUGAAUUUUCAAUUAGAACUUCCAGCUUCGCGCUGAGCAAGCCGAAGCUGUUUGGAAGCAUGUUUAGUGUCGGAGAUGAGCUUUACUACGUUGGCUCGGUGAAUUCCCUCUUUGGCAAACGUGCCACAAUCAAGGGAGUUCUUGCAGACGUUGUUGGUUCUGUCCUCAUUGAGUUUCGAGACGGAGCCACUCACACUACCUCAGUGAAGAAGCUGCAAAAGCAAAAGCCAUCCCAGUCAGCAGAUCGGCUGGAUUUCCGGCCGCAGGCGCGGACGCCUGCCCCGAAAGUUCGUGACCUGACCGCGCUCUUGUCGAGCUUGAGCCUGUCCUCCUCGGUGGCGAUCCAAGACGGGGACCGGCUGCGACUUGACGAGAUUUUCUAUACCCAAGACUCCAUCAAAAGAUCUUUCCAGGAUGGACGCACGUUGAUGCAGAUGAGAAGCGAAUUGAUGAGUGAUCAGAAGACUUUGAUGCAAAUUCCCCGCAUCACGGUUGUGCGACACGAGGGGCGAUGGUUCUCUGUAGACAACCGACGUCUGUGGGUAUUUAAUCAAGUUUUCCCGGGCUCCAAGAGCAUUCCAGUCUGUCAUGGAAUUCAGGACCAUAGGUUCUGGAACAAACUGACCACCAGAGACGGUGGUAGGACGGUGCGCGUCAGGUGA